AGCAUUUUAUUAUCUACAAGAAAAAGUAGUUUCAAACUCUGGAUAUGGUUUCCAGUUAGUAAAAAAGACAAAGAUAGCUGAUAAAAUGAUUCCAGUCCUCUGCUUUUCUACAUUUCCCACGAAACUUUAAAAAUAUAUUUAUCCCCAGCUAGAAUUUCAUUUCUCCUAUUUCCUUCAAUUUUUUGGAUUACUGGUACUUUAAAAUCAAUGCCAACUUCUUCAUUACCUCCAAAAACUUCAUAAGUUCCGCCAUUUGAAGGGAUAAUUUAACAUUUGUGGACAUGAGUUCUUGAUUUCACCUCUGAUAAUUCAUAUCUGGUAUGUUUUUCACCUGUCUUUUUCCAUUUGUCGAGGCUUGACUCAUUAAGCGUUCGAAAGGGCAUGUAAAGAUCAGACUUUUUACAAGAUCUUGGAUUAUAUGGAAAAAUGAGGGACUUCCCAUCUUGUUUUGGUGAAAAUGGAGUUCAAGUUGCUGAUGCGUCUUGUUCAGGUGUAGGCGUUAGUAAAGCAUCUCAAAAUUUGGUUACUUGCACAUAUAGGUGUAAAUUGCUUGGUAAGUCUUGUUUAAUGAACUUUGUUUGGAGCAAGAAUUUGAUGGGUCAAUGCCUUAGUGUUGAAAUAGAUGAUUUAUCACAUCACUUGAUCAGUAAAAUUGAUUUAAAACCGUUUUUGUUCUCAAAAUGGAAAGGAUCAAAGUGUUUUGAAGUUAAUUCAAGUAAAAUUGAUUAUUGUCUCCUGGAAUUAUGAGUUGUGUAUAUUUGCAUUUAAUGGAUUUAUUAUUUCUUUUUAUUGCUUGUUUGGCAUAUUUGAUUAGUGCCCAAUAGUGGAAAACACUAUGCAAGCAUACUGGGAAUUUUUAUUUUUCAGAUUAUGGACUUAUUCGCAUAUGUGAUUUUGCAUUUGGUAGAUUGUUGAACUUUCCAAAUUAAAUUGUUAAAGUUGUCAACUAACUGAUUCACAUGAUUUAUGUAUAGGGAUUCCUAUCCUAAAUUUUCUAUCUUUGAUACCAAGGUAAUUCAAAAUUGAAAGAUUUCAAAUUUAAGUAAUGUUUGGACAAAUUCACUUAAUGAGGUAAUUGUUCCAUUCUUCUUUUCCUCCUGUCUUGUUAUUCAUAUUUUUCGUAAGUGUGUUAUGGUAUUUUUGGUUAUGUUCUUAUGCAUAUAAUUUCAAUGAAAGGAACAUUUUUUUUCAGAAAUAUGGAAUUUGUGGUUAUAUUUUGGUUAAGUGGUUAAUAUUUAUUCAUUAUCUUCAUUAGAGAACAUUGGUGGUCAUAGAGGUAAGAAUAUGGAAGCAAUGUCAUGGUCCGAUCAAAAUAAACACGUUUUUAUCAGAAUACUUUACGAUAAUGCGAAAGUAGGGAAGUUGCAUUGUUCUACAUUCACCAAAGACGAUUGGGGCAAGAUCAAUCAAGAGAUGAUUGUUGUCACAAAAUCUGAUUUCGGGAUAGAGAGAUUGAAGGGUAAGUGGAACUGUUUACGUAAUGUGCAUCGCUUAUUCUCUGACCUUUUAGGGCAUACGGGUGUUACAUGGGAUCCAAAUACCAACCAAGUGAAUGCUACAGAAGAAAUUUGGCAACAUUUUUUUACGAUAAACAAGAGAAACUAUACGACAUUUAGGAGGGAAGGAUGUAAGCAUUACGAAUUGCUUGGAGAGAUUUUUAGCGGCUCUACAACUACUGAAGGUCUAGGCAACGUUUCUACUCAACUUCCUCCAACGUCAGAGGAAGAAAGAUGGCUAGAAGAUGAGUUUUUGAGAAGGCGAGUGCAUGUACGUGUGGAAAAUGAUGAUGACGUUUCAAAUAUUCGUCAACGUGAUGAUACUACACCUAACAAACGUCGACGUAAGGAACUCAAAAUUAGUAAAAGUGAAAAACUUGAGGAAUGGAUGGCGCUAUGGUCAUUUACUGUUAGUAUGAGGAAUGAGGAAACAAAACUUAGGAUUCUAUAUCUUAAAGAAAAGAUUGCACACAUCCAAGAAAAAUCAUCUAAUCAUGAGGGCACUAAUGAAGUCAUUAGUCCAAAUCCUUAUUCAAAUAUGGCGUGUUUGAACAUCUUAAACAACAUAGUAGUGUCUAAUGACGUUUAUAUGAAAGGAAAAAAGGCUUUUAAGGAUUCAGAUUUUAGGAUGGCAUUUGUAAUGAUGUCAGAAAUUAGGAGAGGACCUAUUUUGGAACUUCUUUGAUUUGCCUAAUUGGUUGAAUUGAAUAUUUUGAACUUAUAAUGUAGGAUUGUGUUCUUGUUAUAUAUUGAUUAUGAACUUUGUAAUUCUCAAAAUUUAUUACUAGUUUU